GAGUCGCGCAGGCGCACUGGAACUUCCUGCUGUGGCUCGUGAUGUGGUCACGUGAGAUGAGACGAACUGACUUCGUUUAGCGUUAAGUUGCGACAAGUUUGUGUUUUGUGCCUGACUGAACUUCUCUCUUGCAAGGUCUUUGCUAGGAUGGCACAAUUAAGUUUGGUCAUCGCCGUGUCCGUGAUGACUUUAUUUUGGGGCAUAGUUGGAGGAGUCGUGCCCUGGUUUAUCCCCAAAGGACCAAACAGAGGAGUUAUCAUCACAAUGCUGGUGUUAACUUCUGUCUGCUGUUAUUUGUUCUGGUUGAUAGCCAUUCUGGCCCAGCUGAACCCGUUGUUCGGACCUUCUCUGUCCACUGAUGCCAUCUGGUACCUGAACUACCACUGGUCUUAAAUGGUCCCGAAUAACAGGGCCAGACAUUGCUGCAGUGUUGGGGACUGUCUUCACUUCAUGCUGUGGUUCACCCCUUUGAAAUGUCUUAAAAUUACAUCCCUGUGGCCUUACGGAGUGACUCGUGCGCCUGUGCCUUGUACAAAAUACGAUUUUUAAUGGACUUUCUUUAAAAAUUCAUCCUCGCUAAGUGUGCCUUGUAAAAAUCCUCAAAUGUUUUUGUUUUGUGUAGUGUACUAAUGUUCAUUUCUGCAGUUAAAUGGAAUAAACUUGCCAUUAAAUGA